CAUCGUUUCUCGGAUAAAAUACCGGUGCGGAAAAUGAGCUGCUGAUGGACGACGAGUCGCGACGAUCGGAUCGGGAGUUCUCAGUGCUUGGAGAAGACAGAUGUGAAACCCGCAAUGUUCUCGUCAAGUCCUCAAAGAAACACGCUAUCGGUGCUCUCAAGCGAAAGAUGGAAGGGUUCGAAAAUCAAAUGACAACAAUCCGCGCCAGACUUGAGGCUAGACGCGAAUUGACGUCAUCGGAACGAACUAUUCAUCUUCCUGCAGUAAAUUCCAGUCCAAAAUCUGUUACGACAACUAUAGAACCCUCGUCGUCUACGAGUUGUUUAAAGUUCCCGCUAUUACAACGUAUUGUAGGUACUCGCGUAGCCAACGCGCCGCCAAAAGAUCAUUUUCUCGAAGUGGAGAACGUUAUUCAACGCGCAACCACACGAGAAAUUCACGCUCGAGAUGCAAAUACUGUCGCGACCAAGGAGUUAGCUGCUGCGUCUGCAACUAAAGAGGCGCAACAAUUAGGAGAAGAAGCUCGAAAGCGUAUGGUAGCAUAUUCACAAAACGAAAAUGGCUGGCGGUUCGAGGAGCGCUCGUCUCGGUAUCAGGAGGUGAUGGAGAUGAAGCAACAGGCUGAGAAAGCGCAGCAACAAGCAGACCGACAGCGCGAGACAGCUCGACAGAUGAAGAUGUUGCUGCAAGAUCCGUACCGACAACUGCGGUCAACUCCUGUACCGAGAAACCUACUGCCGUUGUCGUCUCCUAAGGACCAUGAGUGGAUAUGGGUCUUGGCUUCUCCGUCGGCCAAGCUGACGUUUACACCUCGGAAAGAAACGACGGAGACAGUGCUAGACAACGAAAAAGAGCUUUCAAUGUUCGUUGUGUAUUAUAUUGCAGCUUCUGACGUGAAUAUCAAACGUGUGGAAACUGAAGAGCAGUGGCAGGAUGUAUUGACUAAUGACUGUCCACCUACAAACGGAUGGAUGUGUUACUCCGUGCAUGGUAUACCUCCCGCUCCAGAGUUGACAGCAGUGAAAUCUGGCAUACAGACGUGGACUGUAACAGGAGCUGGCGCGGGUCAUUUGAACGGGAAAUACGUAGCCAGUGGCGUCCACGAUCGUGUUAAAAAGUUCAAAUCAUCGGCAGGUGUCGAGCUGUUCCGGAAGUGCGUUCCAGUAGCUUCGUCGCUCGGACAGGCCCUACACAGACCAGAGUCUGCCAGUUCUAGCGUUGAACACAGUACGAAGGAAGACGAGUUACAGAAGAACAAACCCAAUGUCUUGCCUAGUGAACUCGCUGUUAUCGAGAAGGACGAGCGUGACUUUAAGUCAAUGCAGCGAGUUGGAUCGUGGCUCAGUAUGAACGAGUCAAUUGAAAGAAACCGAGGAAUGUUGGCAACUCGAGGUGCUAAUGAUGAUCCCAAAGUGAAAAUUGACGGUAGUAGCGUGAUGAAUCAAGGAUCUCGAGAAAUUGCGGAUAACAGUGAUGUGGCCAAGUCUAGAUCUCGAGUAAACGCACCUUUAUGUCGAGAAUGGGUACUUUUUUCACGGUGUUCUAGAAAGAAAGUCAGCAAGUCUAUGGAGGCUGUUGAACCUCCUAAGAAAGGUAUCGGACUGGGGUGUUUACAGCGUCACUACUAUAUUUCAUUCGAGGAGAAACGAGAAAUGACAGUCUGGGUGCAAACAAAAGAGUCGUGGCUCGAGAAAAACGUAUUGGCUGUGAUCAUCGAGCGAGAAGCUCAGAUGGAACGUGUGCAUCAUCUGAGUCGCAAAUGUAUGGUUAAAUUUCAGCAAAACUUACGAGCAGAAACCGAAAAAUCCAAGAUAAAACUCCUAGCGGAGUUGAAUCGUAUCCGCUAUUUAUCGGUGAAGGUUCUGGAAAGUAUCGAUCGGUGGCGACAACACGCUCGAAAGAUUGGAUUUUCGCGCCACGACAGACAGAUAAAAUCCACUAAGAAGCGAAGUAAUUUAUCCAGCGAGGAGGCUCCAUUGCUUGGAUGGUCAGCAUCUAUAACGUUAGAUACGGGCAAGCAGCUCUAUAAGGGAUCCAGUGCUUUUGUGUCGAAAGUUAAACGUUUCCGUCGUAGUCAAGACAUCACUGGCAAACGAGAGCAACAUAUUGUCUAUUUGGGGUAUUAUCAGACCCAAGAGGAAGCUGAGCGUGCCUACGAUCAACACGCGGCGGCUGAAGCUCGUCGACUGAACACCACAGUCGAACAUUUGCCUCCCCGACGGAAUGUUUUUCGGUCAUGUGGGAAACAUUUUGCAGUGGAAAGUGAAAAAUCCGGUCCGAGCUUCUGCAUCGAGUGCAAGACGAACCAACUGGCGUCGUUAUCGUCAGCUGCAGAGGACUGGGUCCCCCCGUUCUUCUAUGGAACGGGGGUUAACUACAUCAUGAAAAUGGCAAACGACUUGGAUUUCUUAGACGAAAACCUACCGCUAAAGGCUACGUUAAACAGUGGCCGAGGUGUCGAUGAAGACGCGUUCCCAAUGCGCGGUAAUGUUUUUCUGUUACCCAAGACGCCCAUCCAGGAUCCGGAGCUCGCAGUGUUUGCAACAUUCCCGACACCCACAGCUCCUCGACUCGGAUGUUCCACCUCGGAUAUUAACGAAAUCGAUGAAGAAGUUCUGGGUCGAGAUCGGAUUUUUAAGGCUCAGCAAAUUUUCUUGCAAGAGUUGCAGAUUUAUCGGUCGGAGUUGAUGGAUUCUAUUCCAAAGGUAGGACCUAAAGAUUUAGCGCUAAGAACAUCCAACCAAGAGCCUUCAGCCCCGCAGUAUCGACUGGUGCAAGCGCUAUACUGGGAUCAUUGCGCCGCACUGAAAAUCCAACAGGAGCGACCGCCGCUAGCUAUGCGCCAGCCGAAUGUUUGGUGUCGUCCGGAUGCCGGCGAAUGGGCUGGUUUAGUCGUCCGAGGAUCGCAUCAACAGCACUUUUUGUUUGAAGAAAAGCUGGAAAAAACUGGCAAAGAAUUGGUGCAAAAGCGACAACAAGUACUAGCUGCUUUGCGCCAGCUGAACCAGGUUCCGCUGUAUUUUAUUCGCUCUCGUACAGAUUUUACCGAGCUCAUUGCAGCAGGACAGCAGGUACGCGGAGAUGUGGUGCAACUGGAAGUUAACAAUGCUAUCAAAAGAAUGCAACGAUAUGAUACAUGGUGUACCAUGUCGGUGGUAGUACAGCGCUGGUUUCGAGGUGUUCUUGGAAGACAAAUGGCGCGUGUGACGAGGAAGGCGCUGAGUUUGGCGUAUAAAUUACGCGUAUUUUAUUUCACACAAGUGGCUGCAGCAGCAAAGUCGUUUUAUAACACUGUACGCACAACGGCAGUUCGUCGUGCGUACAAGAAAAUUUGUACGCCUGUUUACACUCGCGCUGUUGUGAUGGAUGGAGAGCCUGUAGUUAUAACUUUCCACUCUCUUCGACACUACCAAGCUACCAAUAACUUUCGAGAUGUUACGGCCAAGAAAUGUGUGCUACCUUCUUCUUGUUGUACGAGCUGUGCGAGAAGAUUUCACGUUAAGGCGCACUAUCAGUCCGAUAAAAACAAAUUUGCAGUAUACCGUGGAGUUUGCACGUGCUAUGUGAACGGCGGAAGUAAUUUAAACGACGAAAUGAAACGCGAGAGCUGGUUAAUUCGUGCGUACAGUCCGCAGCAUAACGUAAUUUAUCGCCUCCGCCUAGAAACCUCCCAGUUACAGCAACUUUUGUCGUCGCAAACACUAUUCCCGCACUUUUCACUUAGAUUUCGUCCGCUUAUCUUGGAUAUGGAGUUGAAACAAAUAGAAGCAGCAACGGCAUCGCGUUACGCAACGUUUUGUGUUAAAAACACCGAAACUGCAGUUAAGAACCUUGCGAAUUGGAGACGACUGAAUAGUGAGGCAACACAGACAAGAAAGUCUUUACUAGUAAAUCUGGAGAAAAGUUUAGCGUUAUUGGACACCACAAAACACGCGCAUGUUGCUUCUAUCGUGAACGCAAAGAAAGCACUCGACUUUACGUCUCGCCCCUUCUCGGAAGCUCAAGCUUGGGAUCCCCUCGAGAAUGCCAACGACUGGAGAUUUAUCGUUGAAAAACGACAAUUAACUAAACGCUUGGAAGAAAUAUAUCAAGAGGUGGAGCGUCUUCGGGUCGCGUACUUCCAAGCCACGUACAACGAGCAAUACACUCGAGCAGGAGCCUCCGAUGCGCAGGAUCAAUGCAACCGUGUGUGGCUUCCAUUAACGGAACGAGCAAAUCAACGUAUGGAGGAGGCGCUUAUGCUGGAAACGUCGACCAGGACACGCAUGGAAAAUGUGAUGGAGCAACUCUGCAGUCGCUUCUUGACUCUACGUGAUGGUUACUUCGUUCCAACACGCCGUAAUCUCAUUAUUCAAAGCCCGAUAUGGUAUGAUUUGGUGCCGUUCCGAGUCGAUAUCCCUGGGCUUCGUCGAAGACUAAGUCACUUGCGGAGACGUACGUUAGUGCUAUCGAGUCAGAACACCAGGACUCGGCGUAUGGUAGUGACAGUUAGCAUGUGCCCAAUUGGUGAGCAAGGUAGCCAGAAUUCACACUUGACUCGGGAUAUUUGGGUUACGGCGUACGACCCCGUGGAUUGUUCUAUGCACAAUAUUUUUCUUGAAUGGCAACUCGUGCAGCUUCUGACCGGUUCGAAUGGGAAAAAGAUCUGGCAAGACUCGAGUCAAUCCAAGCGUAGUGCCUGGAAGUCGAUAGCGGAUAUGCUAAUAUCCCUUUCUACGCUGGAUCGCUUUACGGGCGAAUUCACGUUGCAGAAACUCGAAUUUUACCAAACGUUGCGUCAACUGUCACCACAAUUUCUUUCCAGUCGAGUGAUGCGAGAUCUGCAACAAGGUCGUAAAUGUGGACAGGGAGACGAGAUUUUACGUCAAGUAGUAGCUGUCGACGGGAGACUUUGUGUCGUGGUCGUCUAUGAGAACUGGGGGGAUUUAACCUUUGCCAUUUACCAUUCGAAAACUGGAGAAUUUUUCCGAUUAUUUAUGCCACUCAGCGAGAUUUUGGAUAUUCUAAGCAAGAAGCCCUUAAUGCUUCGGCUCUGGAUUAACUGUGUCAAGUCGAACUCGUACACUAAACCACUUUUGGUUUCUCUUCUGAAACAUGUCAGAUUUUUCCAACUCGACGAUGGAUCUGAGGAUAUAAGCGUAGAGCACGAUCUUCCGGUACAAACGCAAUCUAAACCUUAUCAAACGGGUAUCCGGAUUCAAAAGCGACUGGUUCUUAUCAAUGUUAUCGAAGACACGGCUGGUGACUUCCAGAUAUCCGGAUACGAUAUGAGCAGUAAGCUGACGUACAAACUUUUACUGGAACGCGAAGAUCUUCGUCGCGUGCUCAAAGCCAGAGAACUACCAGAUUUUUCAGCAUUAAAAUCCAACCUUUCCACGUCUUCAUCUGCACUGUUACUUCGUCGCAACAGGAACUUACUUUUCGAAUGGAUUUGCAGUCGUUUACGAUUCCGAAGUUUGUCGGAACAUCCUGAAGUGGCCACAUCCGGAACGACAUCGAGGCUCCAUGUACGAGAAAGCUUCCGAAUACUCAAUCGGUGGAUUGAAACCAGUCCACGAAACCCGAUUCACACUGUAUCGGAGGCGGAUAUAACUCGUCGAGCGUCUGCGAUUGACGCAGCUGCUUUGUCAAGAUUUCAACGUGAUCAACUAACACUAAUGAUUUACUAA